AUGACGCUAUGGGACAGCUUGGCCAUUUGUCUGACACUGCUGUGCACGGUCCACUCCGGCCCGCUGCUGACCGAGCGGAGGGAGCGCGCUGAGGACGCGCCGCUGCAGCGUCCGUCGGUUCAUGUCCGCCUGUCACUUUCCUCCCGCGGAACCAGCAGCGCUGGGUCGGACUCAGACGGUUGGGAAGACCGGUUAAUAGAAGAAACUUUGAGGCAGCAUCUGUCAGAUGAGGCUGGAAACGUUUUGGACUUCAUUAAAGUGACCAUCAGAAGAUCCAGCAAGUCUUCCUUAACCUCAAGUUCUACCUCCGAACUGAGCAAAAGGGUUCGCCUCAGAAGGGAGAGGAGGAAGAAGGGAAGAAGCAGGCAGAGUGGUGACGCAACGGGACGGAGGAGAGGAGGUGGAGGCGGUCGUGGCCAGGGCUGUGGGCUCAGGCAGCUGCAUCUGAACGUGUCGGACCUGGGUCUGGGCUAUCGAUCUGACGAGGAAAUGAUAUUCAAGUACUGCUCUGGACCCUGCAGGAAGUCAGAAACAAACUAUGAUAAGAUCCUGUACAGCCUGCUUCAGGAGAAGAGGUUUCCUCACAGAGACUCGCCCCCUCAGGCCUGCUGUCGUCCGGUCGCUUUCGACGAUGACCUUUCCUUUCUGGACGACAACCUUGUUUACCACACUGUCAGGAAACACUCGGCCAGAAAGUGCGGUUGUGUGUAG